AUGAACCUGAGUUUCUCAAACCAUGACAUGCACACCAGCAGAGAGCUCCACCUGAAGGAGAGUCAGGCUGAACUCCAACAAUCCAGCUUGCAGAGAAGCUUGUAUGAUGACCCCCUGACCUCCUACUGCAGUGAAUCCGUCAUCUCCCAGCUUCUGUGGAAAACCGUCCAGGACAAGAAGGCUGAGAAGGGUAGAGUCGUUUACCUGCCGGCCACCGCCAUGCCCAGUCACACUUUGACUGACCCCAGCCAGGAGGACCGGAGCAGCAACUCCUCCAAAGGAAGCGUUGCUGAGCUCUCAUCCCUGAUGAGUCAUACCUCCACUGUGGCCAACCUCGAGGCUGACCGGCCCCUCACCGAGCACCACCAGGCCAAGCGUGCCCGAGUGGAGAGCAUCAUCAGAGGUAUGUCUGAAUCACCCAAUGGAGGGCUUCUUGGAGAAGGGCAGAGGAAAGACACGGAUGCCAGAGAUGCCGGGGAAACGGUCAAGGAGAGCAGAAGGAAAUGCAGGCCCCUGCAGCAUCGAGCUCCCAGCUCCAGCAGGGGCUGGAGCAGCAAAGAUGAGGAAUGCCAGAAACUGAAGGCACAGCUGCAAGCAAUGCAGAGACUCCUGGGAGAUCUCCAGCAGAGGUUCCUACAGGUUUGCCAGCCUCAUGAGUCCGAGGCAGAGGACAGGGAGGAGGUGGAGGACAUGAUGGAUCCACCAGACCAGUGUGAGGCAGGGCCAGACAGCAUUAAAGUGGGUCAAAGAGAGACUACAGAGGUGGACAGCAUCCACUUAACAUUCAACAAAGGGGACAGGAAUCUACCAGAAGCUUUGAAGUAUGAGCUCUCCAAAGCUGUGAGUAAGAGUGUGGACUUGGUGUUCAAAAACCUUUCCUCUACAGUAUGUUACCACUCAUCCCAGCCACAGGUGGAGCAAGUUCCAGGGCAUGGUUAUGUGUCAUCUGGGACCAAGACCAUGAUCCCAGGCUCUCUAGAACUGUCACCUAACAGAGAAGAUGCAAAGUCUACACCUCUGGAACAUUAUGAAAAGGUGGAAACAUCUGAAGACCAGACAGAAGCUCUCUCAUUAGUAAUUUGCAGACCACCUCUCAGGCCCUGCAGUGCAGUGGACAAGGCAGUGAAGAUGGCGUACCACACACAUCAGGUGCCGCUUAGGUUUAACCGCAGCACUUCUUUGGAAGAGAACCAGAUUCUGGAGCACCUCCUCAAACAUACUCCCCAUGGUAACCUGGGGAGUCUCUCUUGUCUGACCCAAGCAGUGGACCCUGCCUCGCUGAAUCCAGUUGCCUGGGAGGCUAUCAAGGUGAGGUCUAAAGUAAACUCCAGUCUUAUGGACCAGCAGGCCCCAGCUCUGGCACUAGGGCAGGUGGCAGUGGACAGUCUUUGUCACUCUCAUGUCUCAGUGGAGACAAGAAACCUGCAGGGCAUGACAGAGCGGAAGCUAUAUAUGUCACUCAACAUUCAGGAAGGUUUAACUCCCAACCAUCUGAAGAAAGCAAAGCUGAUGUUCUUCUACACCCGCUACCCCAACUCCAACGUACUGAAAACUUUCUUCCCUGACAUCAAGUUCAAUCGCUGCAUCACCUCCCAGCUGAUCAAAUGGUUCAGCAACUUCCGCGAGUUCUACUACAUCCAGAUGGAGAAGUUUGCCCGGCAGUCCAUAGUGGAUGGAGUCACCAAUGUGAAGGACCUGUCUGUAACCAGGGAUUCAGAGCUGUUCCGAGCCCUUAACACACAUUACAACAAAGCCAGCGACUUCCAAGUUCCUGGCAGAUUUCUGGAGGUUGCCGAAAUUACACUUCGAGAGUUUUUCAACGCUAUCUCGCAGGCAAAAGACUCAGACCCAUCAUGGAAGAAAGCGAUCUACAAGGUCAUCUGUAAGCUGGACAGUGAUGUCCCUGAGGAAUUCAAAUCCACUGUCUGCUUGUAG